AUGACCCCGGUGCAAGGGAUUGACCACAAGAAGUUCUGGACCCCUUUGCCGGACGAAGUUCGAGCCCAACUGCGUCUCUACAACACGCCCGUUUCUGAAAAGGAUUGUCCUGACUCGCCUCAAGGAAAUUUCGCAGAGCGAGGAAGCUUCUUGAGGCUCUUGAAGUCCGCAGUCACCGUGGAUGACUAUGUCGUGGUGAAGGUGGACAUUGAGGGGGGCCCCGAGCUGAAUAUCGUGGAGUCCAUCGCCCACAUCCCAGAGCUGUCCGAACUGGUGGAUGAAUUGUAUUUCGAGUAUCAUUUCCGAUUUUGGGACUGGUCGACACUUGACAGUCAAACAUGGGUGAGUUUCAACUAA